AGCUCGAACUAGCGCUCAGAGGUGUUGAGGUGUUGUAAAGAAGUUGGGCAGAAGCAGCAAGAUGUCGAAGGCAUGUGUCUUCCACCUCUUGGACACCAAACUGGCCCAAGAAUACUCAGGCACCUGCCAGGAGUACACUGGAUAUGUGAAGAAGCCAGGAUUUUGCCACAACUUGAAGCAGAUGUUGACCUGCAAACAAUCAGAUUGGGGCACUGCUUUCCGCGAGUGGGGCAUUCUCCAGCUCUAUGUUGCUGUGGUAGUAGCAAUUGUCGCAGCAAUCAUUGAUAUCGUCAACGGCGAGGCAAACGUUGUGCAAGUGACCAUCCAGUGCUGCCUCCAGAUCAUUUUUGGCUACAUCUUUGCACACCUGGGCUGGUUUGCAGUGGUAAAGAAAGAUGGUUGCUUCUGCUGCAUUGUGGCAUGUUGUGAAUGCCCGCCUAUUUUGCUCUUUUGGGGUAUCCUCAUGAUGUUGUGGGCCUGUGCUGCAGUUGCUUCUGCCGUCACGGCACUCAGUGUCUGCACAAUUUGCAUCAUCAAUGUCGUCCUACAGGGGAUCUAUGCAAUCAUCCUUUUCUACAUGGGCUAUGCCUGUUUGAACAUCUGGAUUCAGCAUGGCAAGGAGAUUAUUCCACCAGAGAUUGAUGUUGUGGGUCCGGCUGGUGAGCAGAUCGGAGCAGCUCACGCAUGAGAAGCGCAUGAAACGCGCAUGAACACCUGCUGAUACACUUCAUGGACACUCAUGGCAUGUGUGAAAUUCAGUCCAUGUGCAAAACACGUUGGACACUCUAGCCGGGGGCAUUGGGGAACGCUAGUAGCCCGAACUGGCUCUUAGUACAGGCCACUUUUUUUGACACUUUUGCGCUUCGAAAUAGUAGCGCAAGAUGUCUCAUUGAGUUUCUCAUGUCAAGGAUCCCUGACAAUCUCACUGACAUGUGUUUGUCAGGGGUUCUCAUCAAUCACUUUGACAGAAAGCACCCACAUUGUCAGGGUCUUGAAGUGUCAUGACUUGUAGCACUUGAAGGUGAUUGGUCGCCAGAUGCAACACUGAAGUGUUAAUUUUGUUCCAAUUGCGCGGAGUGCAAGUGCCAAAGUGGCUUUUGCUGCUGACGUUGCGACCACAAGGGCCGAACGUUGGGUGACAGAAAGUCGACGAACAAAGAUGCU